AAUUAAGUCAUGAUGCCACUAUUUUAGCUAACACUUAACACCUAUUAGAACAUCAGCUUCGCCACCGCACCGCACCGCACAUUACAGGAGCCAGCCACCACCACCAGACAAAAUUGUGAAACCCACUUUGAGGUUUAAAGAGCCAGUCCGAGAGGUUCUUGCGACCUUGCCCAACCUCCAAAUCUUCUCUCCCGCUCUUCCUCAUCGUGGUUAACGAUGGAGUCAGUGAGGCUCCGUUUAGUGUUUGAUCACAUUCUAAGCAAAUCGCACAAGACACAGGGUCUCAGACGAUGCUGGAUUCUCCUAAAACCCCAACUCCAAACCAUCUCCGAUCUCUCUUCCUAUCUCCUCAAUGCCUUCGACCUCCAAAACGAAUGCCCUAGCGGUCUUAUCCUUUCAAUGGAAGAGUUUGCUUUACCGCCUUUCGAGUCAACUUCUAUUUUGAAAGACAAGGAUAUCAUCCGAGUGGAAAAGAAUGGUGGGUUGUCUUCUGAAGUUGUGAUGGUUGGUGAGGAGGCUAAUUCUUUGGAGGUGGUUGAGAUUGUGGAAACUCAGCCUGUAAUUUCUGGCAUGAAUCUUCUGGCAAAUGAGGAAUUUGAGAAGGAAUCUGGAGGCUACGAAAGUGAAGAAGAAGAGGACGCACCAGAACAGGUGGAAGACGCAGUGCAGGUGGAAAAUGCGUCAGAAGUGAAAAAAGUUUCCAAAAAGAGAAAGGCACCAGAGGAACUUAAGAGUUCAAAGAGGAAGAAAACUAAAUCUGCUAGUGGUGAAAAGGGUGCAGUUGUUGUGGAUGAUAUUGGAAAGAAGGUUUGUGGGGAGCAGAAUGGAACUUCCAGCACUGCCAAGGUUGAUGAAAGGAGUGAGAACAGUAAAGCUUUACGCAAUGGAAAGAGGAUCUCUCAGCCUCAACAGAAUGGCAAUGGAACUGUUGAUGCAACCCCAACUCCUAGUGGAACUAAAAAGUUGCCAAGUAGAAGUGCUCGGCGGAAAAAGGCCAAGAGGCAAUGGUUGAGGGAAAAACUGAAAGCUGAAAGGAAGGAGCAACUUCGGAGGCAACCACUCGAAAAAAGUGAUCAACGGUCAUCUGAAAAGGAUAACCAGGGAGUCUCUCGAGAAUCAGCUGAAAAAGGGAAUCAAGAAGUUUCUGACGAAGUAUCUGAAACAGAUAAUGAAAAACUCCAGGAAGACCAUCAACAGCUAGAUCAAGAUAGCGAUGUAGAGGAUGAAGUUGUUCCCAUAGUAAUAAGGCCAGGACAUAUCCGCUUUGAGCCGCUAAGGAAAGUGGACGCUGAUCAGGCUGCACAGCAAAAUCAAAUACCUUUGGAGACCUUUCAGUGGAAUGGAACAAGAAGCAAGAAGAAGGGUCAAAAAUGGGGUAAAGAAAAAGUUACAUCUUACAAAAGGAAUGACUACAAAAAUGUCAAUCAAGAGUGUUCCAGGACUCGAAGUUAUGGAGCAAGACCUGUAUUCAGUCGUAUCGACUUUGAGAAGCUUGAAUUCUAUGCUAGCUUGCCUAAGGAAGGCGAUGUGAUUGCUUAUCGUUUGAUUGAAUUAUCAUCAUCCUGGACCCCUGAACUUUCACCCUACCGAGUUGGGAAGAUAUCACGAUAUGACAUUGAGUCCAAUAGGGUUCAGCUGGUGCCAGUCCCAGAAUAUCCAAUAAUUCCUGCAAAUGAGAUGGAUGACGAUGCAUCUGCUGUACUAUCAGAAACAUCCUCUUAUGCAAGAGAUGGUUCAUUAUGGAUAGAGUUCUCAUCACUCGUGGAAGUUCGUAUUGUCACCCCAGGCAGCUUAAAUUCAGGGAAGUCAACUGCUGGAGUCUGUGUCAGAGAUCAAGAUACUGAAACAGGCUACAAGCCUUACAAUGGCAAUGAAGCUCAUGCUUCUGCCCAAGAAAAUGGAGAAGUAAAUCCAUGGGAAGAAAUUAACCAGGCUUUAAAUGCAAAGAAGGAACAGCUAUCACAAGAGGACAACUGGAACAAGACCCAGAGUUCAGGCAGGAGACCGUGGUCCUACAAGGCCUUGAGAGGCAGUGCGCUGGGUCCAACAAUGGCUUUAUUAAGGUCGCAAAAUGAACUAUGAGCAUUUUGUUUUGGAAAAUUACCAUCGAGUUUUCACUUGUUAGGGUUUUGUGAGCCUUUCAAGGUCCCAAUUUUUGCUGUCAUGUUUGUAGUGAAAAGAAGUGGGGGGUUUUUGAUGACUUAGCUUUUGUAUAUUGCUGUUAAGACUACCCUUUUUCACCAUGUA